AGGUCGACUCCACUGCUCGCAUGCUCAUAUCCGUUAAAACUUUCAAAUUAGACAGCGUAUGCACGCUAGCGCGAGUUCGGAAGAUUUGUCCCGCGUGUGUAUUGUGUACUUUUUUGCCUCCUGUCAAAUCAAGUCUGUCUCUCCCACUCGUUCUCUGAAUUGGUGAUCUCGCACGAAUUACGUCGACGGAUACACGAUGUCGGACAACAUCUACUAUUCCCGCAAGUACUACGACGACAAGUACGAGUACAGGCAUGUUGUUUUGCCAAAGGAAAUGGUAAAACUAGUACCACAAACUCAUCUGCUCUCUGAGCAGGAAUGGAGGGCCAUUGGAGUUCAGCAGAGUCAAGGAUGGGUACAUUACAUGAUUCACGAGCCUGAACCACACAUCCUUUUAUUUAAGAGGAAGAUAACGACACCCCCAGAACUAAGAGAGGAAGACAACUGAAAAAUGUGGCGAAAUUAUAUAUUAUUAGUUUGUAAAUAAUGAUUCAGAUCAUGUUCAUAUUUAUAGUGGGACAUAUUUGUGACGGUAAAGCAAUGUUACUUUCUCUCUCUUUAGCAUCGCAAAUACGCUGCAUGAUCCAAUUAUUAACUUUCUAUUGAUUUGGUUUAAGAAAAUUGCGCAAAUCAAUCGUACAUAAACCUGGUUUAGUUAAAUUCCACAGAAUAGUAUGCCCAUGGUCUUCAUGUUUAUUACUUUGCUUAGUCAUUUGUGAAGAAAUGUCGAGCAAGUAUACUGUAUAUAUGUCUAUAGAGUAUCUUACUUUAGUUUUUAAUCAUUCCCUUGUCAUAGCUUUGUCAUCUUUUUGCAUAGAACUCAACACAGAGAAAGAUGUCUUAUGAUAUAUUAACUCUAAAAAUACAUGUGACAUACUCUAGUUGCCCCCAAAGGUAGUAAUUCCGAAGCAAAGUAAUUUAUAAGAAUUUAUUCUUGUGAUGAUACACAGAGUGCCUUGUAGGAGAUUAGUCUGAAAAUUACAGUUAAAUUAAGGCGCUUAGGAUAAAAACAUUAAGUUUGACAAAAGUUUUAACAUAAUUAAUACAAAAGAAGUGUAAACACA